AACGUCUACAACGAUGUUCCCCUCCGCAAGGCCCGAACAAUUAUGCAACUAGCCGCAAUACCUAUGGAUCUCAAUGAACCACCACCGACUGAUCCACUUGAUCCGCACGUGGCAGUUCAUUCUUGUAUUGAUCUAGUCAAUGUGAGACCAGAGGUGACUCGCAUGCCUGAAGGCGAGGAUAAUCUUGGAGGAUACACAGACUGCCCAACAGGUAGACAAGCAUCACUGCUGCGUUACCGAGAGAAGAGAAAAGAGAGAUACAAGGGGAAAAGAAUUAUUGGUGGAUUGCCUUCAAAUAUGGAGAUGAUGUUUUUGAGUCAGAAGUUUAAAGGUCAGGUCCCUACUGAGCAGUCAAGCCAGAGCAAUACGAGCUCUGCCUAUCCUAGGCCACCUUGUAUGCCCACCACGUGCAGCUCAGUCGAGAACCCGGCACAAAAAUUCCACAUCUCUUUUGAUCUUAAUGACGAUGGUGGUGGCAGUUGAUGGUGCAAAAAUUGAUAAUCCACGUUUAUCACGCCUGAUGGCGCCCAAUGACAGUAGUAGUUUCCUAUCAGCGGAGUUGCAGAUAACAGGUUGCAUUUGACAUUAUAGAAGCGCCUCGCGAAGAAUACAAUACUGCGCAAGACUUCGAUUGGGUUGAAUGGCAUCAAAAAGCUUCAGUGUUUUACCAUUGUUGUUGCAGCCGUCACCAUCGGACAAGUGAAUAAGAACCCAUAUGGCUAAACUUGUAAUGGGUUCAAUAUGAGAACCUGGGAUCAUCUCUGUGAAGUUGGUUGGCACGAACGGGCACAGAGUUUGAGUAAUUUUGUAUGGACAGGAUAUACUGCUCACUUAAAUGGCGGAGAUGACAAUUGAUUCCAGGGAA